AUGCCACAAGCCAUACGUAAUGGUCGUCGUGCAUCCAUGUACGUAGAACCCAAUCAUCUGCGUCGCUUAAAUUCCAAUUUAUCCCUGCACGCCAUUUACGCACCUACUGCCACAAGAGCUGGUUUGCAAAAGAGCCUUUACGAUUUGGAUACAAGUGGCAAUGAAUUUGGUUACAUAACAACACAACAUCAUCAACAACCUCAUUAUACACUGCGCGACAGUACUUAUGGUGGAUCACAGCAACGUUUACAUCAUGAUUAUCAUCACAAUCAAAAUCAGGCCAUGUAUCAAAGCCGUACUUUACCACGAGCAUUUUUGAAACGUAGUGCUGAUUCGCAAGACAGUAUGGCAUCGGCGGGACUAAAUGCAAGUGCUACACAAUUGCAUAAUAUGUAUAGUGCUAGUCAACAGAGAUUGACAACACUCAUGAUGCAACAUCAGCAACAAUUGCAACAACAAAAUCGCUAUUUAUCCAUGUCAAGAGAACAGGAGUUGUAUAAUUCACGUUAUGGUUUACACAAGUCAAAUGAGGAAUUAAAUCGACACUAUAUACAACAGCAACAGCCGAUAUAUAUACAACCCCAUCAAUUACAACAAUAUCAGCAGCAACAACAACAACAGCAACAUGCUAAUGUUUCAUCUACAAAUUAUAGCACAGCUUCCACAUUAAAGCAACCUUCUCUAGUACAAUGGCCAGCUGCUAUACCCUCUUCACCCUCCAAUUUUAGUGGUAGUUUUCAUAUGUAUGGCCCUGCAACAAACAGUGCCACCCAAAAUACCACUAACAAUCAUGCCCUACUAACACGUUCCAAUAGCAGUAGCGGUGCUGGUGGCAUGACUACAACUGGCAAUCUUAUAACAGCAGGUGGUCAACAAGUUGUUCUAAAUGGUUCAUCUACUGGCUCGCAAGGACCACCUAAAUUUCAGCGAGGUUAUGCAUUCGAUGAACAACGUCGACCCAGUGCUGUGCUGGCCGAUGCCUUUGAUUUGGAUGAAAUUGAACGUGAACGUAGACGUUCGCAUGCCAGUCUCUUUUCGGGCAUAGGCGUUAACGCCAAUACUGUCAAUUCAAAUGGUGGUUUAACAAUAGGGGGAGGUGGUGGUAACACCAUCAAAAAUCAAGACCACUACGACAUGAUUAAUGGUACUGCUGUGUAA